ACGACCCAGACACAGCAUGACGGCAUAGACCCAGACAUACGUAUCUAAAGUUUUCUGUACAGUGAAAAGUGAAAAAGAAACAGCAAUAAAAGUUAUGUUCAGUGAAUUCUGAAAUGAUUCUGAAUAAGUUUCUUAAAAUUUAAUGGCGAUGGCAUGGUGUGUAACACAUUAAUUUUUGUACCUAUCCAACCAUGUUUAUUUAUCAUAAGGCUGGGGGUUUUAAUUUAUCGUAUAAUUUCUUAUAAAUACCGUGGUGUUUAUGUUCUAUCACCGUUUAAAAAAGUUCUAAUUAAAUACUGAGUACUGAGGUGAACUAUUGUUUUUCCUUAAGAAAUCUGAAGAGAAUCAAAUCAUAAGGAAAAAUGAGUGAUACGACAAAUCGCCGACCAAAUUUUUCCAAUGUACCUCAAAAUGGAAUUAAUAGAAAUGUUAAUGUUCUUAGUAUAAAACCAACAACUGCAAAAAAAUUAGUAAUAAAGAACCUCAAAAGUGAACCUAAAUUACCAGAAGAUUACAUUGAACAAACAUGGAAGAAACUAAAAAGUGCAGUACUGGCUAUUCAGCAGGCAAAACCAAAUGAGUAUCAAUUAGAAGAAUUGUAUCAGGCCGUUGAAAACUUGUGUAAUCAUAAAAUGGCACCAAUUCUGUAUCAGAAACUUCAUAAUUUAACUGAACAACAUGUCGCUCAGAAUAUUGAACAAUUUUUAGCAGAGUCGAUGGAUAGAUAUUUAUUCUUAAAAAAAAUGAACAACACAUGGUUGGCCCAUUGCAAUCAAAUGAUAAUGGUCCGUAGUAUCUUCUUGUAUUUAGAUCGUACCUAUAUAUUGCAGAAUCAUGUCUCGUCAAUCUGGGAUAUGGGCUUGGAACUAUUUGGAAAAUAUAUUUUAUUAAAUGCUUUAGUUCAGACGCGUGUAGUUGAAGGUUUAUUGAUGCUGAUAGAAAAGGAAAGGCAAGGAGACCAGGUUGAUAGAUCAUUGCUUAAAUCGCUAUUGAGAAUGUUGACUGAUCUUCAAAUUUAUCGUAAAGCUUUCGAACACAAGUUCUUACAAGCUACAGAACGUUUAUAUGCUGCAGAAGGCCAACGUCUCAUGCAAGAAUUGGAAGUUCCUGAUUAUUUAACGCAUGUCGAUAAGCGGAUUGCGGAGGAAAAUGAGCGAGUGUUGCAUUAUUUAGAUCCGGGAACCAAAUAUCAACUAAUCCAUACGGUUGAAAAGCAGCUGCUUCGAGAACAUGUUUCUCAAAUUUUGCAGAAGGGACUGGAUCAGCUUCUUACUGAAUUUAGAUUAAACGACUUAAAUCUACUUUAUGACUUAUUAAGUCGUGUUAAAAAUGGCUUGGCACAGUUGUGUUCUUCCUUUAACGCUUACAUUAAAAAACGCGGCAGGACCAUUGUGAUAGACCCUGAGAAAGACAAAACGAUGGUGCAGGAAUUACUGGAUUUCAAAGAUGCAAUGGAUAAUGUUGUAUCCACAUGUUUCCAUAAAAAUGAAAGGUUUAGCAACUCUCUCAAAGAAGCAUUCGAGCAUUUUAUUAAUCAGAGAACUAAUAAGCCAGCGGAAUUAAUAGCCAAAUUUGUCGAUUCUAAGCUAAGAGCUGGAAAUAAGGAGGCCACUGAAGAGGAGCUGGAAAGAUUGUUGGACAAAAUUAUGGUCCUUUUUAGAUUCAUCCAUGGAAAGGAUGUAUUUGAGGCCUUUUAUAAAAAGGAUUUAGCAAAACGACUUCUUGUUGGCAAAUCUGCUAGUGUUGAUGCAGAGAAAAGCAUGCUUAGCAAGCUCAAACAGGAAUGCGGAGGCGGCUUCACCUCAAAGUUGGAAGGAAUGUUCAAAGACAUGGAGCUUAGUAAGGACAUUAACCAAGCCUUCAAGCAGCACACUACUGUUAAUAGUAGAGACUUGCCUCAAAUUGAGAUGACAGUUAGCAUACUUACUAUGGGUUAUUGGCCUACCUACCAGCCCAUGGAAGUCACUUUGCCAGAUCAAAUGGUUAGACUUCAAGACGUUUUUAAAGAAUUUUAUCUGAGUAAACACAGUGGUCGGAAGUUACAGUGGCAGCCAACCCUUGGUCACUGUGUUCUAAAGGCAUCCUUUCGAACUGGUCUUAAAGAAUUAGUUGUAUCGCUGUUUCAAACUUUAGUUCUAUUACUAUUUAAUGAUUCUAACGAGUUAACUUUUGAGUAUAUUAAGGAAGUGACUAACAUUGAAGAUGGGGAAUUAAGAAGGACAUUACAAUCUUUGGCUUGUGGGAAGGCAAGAGUGCUGGUAAAGAUUCCCAAAGGUAGAGAUAUCCAAGACGACGACCACUUUAGAUUCAAUUCUGAUUUUACAAAUAAACUAUUUCGUAUCAAGAUUAAUCAAAUUCAAAUGAAAGAAACUACUGAGGAACAAAAAGCAACAGAAGAAAGAGUAUUCCAGGAUAGGCAGUAUCAAAUUGAUGCUGCAAUCGUCCGGAUCAUGAAAAUGAGGAAAACUCUUAGUCAUAACUUGUUAAUUAGUGAAUUGUAUAUACAGCUCAAGUUUCCUGUUAAACCCCCGGACCUGAAAAAACGCAUAGAAUCCCUUAUUGAUAGAGAUUACAUGGAAAGAGAUAAAGAUAAUCCUAAUCAAUACAACUAUGUAGCAUAAUUUUGUUGAGAUCAAAUUGACAUAAGUUGUUCUAGAAUUAACGUGUUGCUCUUACAUAUUUUCUCUGACACUUUAUUAUUCAUUUUGUUUUAUUUGGUUUGUUAAACCAUUGAUUUUUUGUAACAUACAUUUAUAUAUUAUGUAUUCUUGUAAAUUUUGUGAUUACUUUGAUUUUAGCGUACUAUUUAGUUACUCAUUAAAACAAUAUUAUUGGUCAAAAUUUCAUAAUAAAAAAUACUUUCAUGAAA